AUGCCAUUCGCAAACGUCCCCAGCACGAAGCCCGCCGCGCCUCUAUCAGCUGUGGUAAUCUCCCCGAUACGUCCUCCCCGGACGUGUCCCGUGCACUUCUCCCGCCUCGGGUCACGACGCAACGAACAACUCCAACUCUCUCUCGUCGAUGGUCGCCCCCGAUUCGACCACGCAGAUGAACGUUUGGCCCUUCGGGGUGAUAGGGGAGACGCGAGGGUGUGUACGCUGACUAUGUGCAUUAUUCGAGGCACGGGUGACAGCGGGGCGAUCUAUGGGUCCAUGGGGCCGGUCGGAGGGUUUCACGCUUUGAACAUCUCGCUCGGCAGCCGGUCAGACCUGGCUCUGCUGGUUUCCCGGGUCCCUACCAUCCCGACUCUAUCCCACAGAUGCUCAGCUUCGGGAACACAUAAAACGGGAAUGGCAGCGAGAACUCGGACGUUGAUUUGGAUCAGACAGAUUCAUUCCAUCAUCGUCGCUCUUAGCCUCCAUGUCGUCGUGCUCAUCAAGGAUCUGAACGGGAACUAUGUCAUUCAAAAGUGUCUCAACAAGCUCGCGCCCGAGGAUAAUCAGUUCAUCUACAACGCGGUCGCCGCCAACUGUGUAGAGGACCCGUACGGCAACUACGUCGUUCAAUACAUCCUCGACCUCAACGACAAUAGGUUCAGCGACGCCGUCAUCCGUCAGUUCACUGGGAACGUAUGUGCCCUCUCCGUCCAGAAGUUCAGCUCCAACGUCAUCGAGAAGUGUAUCCGUGUCGCCGAACACGAGAAACUUCUUCGUGACUCGUACGGAAACUACUGCGUCCAGACUGCCUUGGACUACGCCGAGCCCGCGCAACGCGCCCUUCUUGUCGACGGCAUCAGACCGGUCUUGCCCCUCAUUCGCAACACUCCUUACGGCAAGCGGAUCCAGAACAAGCUCCAGCGCGAGCAGAUGGACCACUUCGGAGGCUUCCACAAUCAGCAGGCCCUGAUCAACGUGGCUCUCGGUAGCCAAGGCAUGGCAGGCCUACCUCACGCCGCUCACGGCGCCGGCCGCCACAUACAACCUAAUCCCCUCGCGGACGUGUACAACAGUCAGAACGGCCUCUACCCCAUGGCCAACGGCGGCGGUCUGCAGGCGCAAGGAGCUAUCGGCGGUCUUCACGCCCCUCUCCAUACCACGCGCUCGCACUCGAUCGACGGCUACGUCCUCCAGGGCAACUCGAGCCAUAACCAGGCGGCGUUGGCGAACGGUGGCUUCUCGAACGGUUCCCCUUUCGCGGGCGUCAACUCGUUCCCUAACGCUGGGAUGGCCCCGACUAUCAACGACCCUUACUCCCGUUCGUCCUUUGGAUACGGGAUGUAA